AACGGCAACGCCCCUAAAUAGAGCAAGGGGGCGGAACUCGAUGGCAGCCGGUGAGGAACGAUUCAGGAAACGGAGGACGUUUGUGGCGAUUCUAGCAUUGUCAUAAGCUACGGGAAUGAAUAUUCUUCCUAAGAAGUCGUGGCAUGUCCGCAAUAAAGACAAUGUGGCUCGCGUACGACGGGACGAAGCAGAGGCUGAAGUUCAGCGACAAAAGAGGGAGGCCCGAGUCCUGUUAGCUGAACAGGAGGCCCGGACUGAACUGUUACGGAAGAAAGCACGUCUGUCAGCUCCAGGAGGUGAUAAGAGUGGCUCAGGCCUUAUUUCUUUGGAUUCAGAAAAGCCCUCAGGACAUCUUAACCUCUUUCAGGGGUUGCAGGAGGUCAGCAACAAAGAAUACGAGGAGGAGAAGAAGCAGGAAAAGGAACGAAAGGAAAAAGCUCUAGGUAUCCUGACUUACUUGGGCCAAAGUGCAGCAGAGUCUCAGACCUCUGCUCCCUGGUACCAGGAGCUGCCAGAUCGGAGCAAAGCCAUUGCCAAGGAUGAGAAACUUAAGGGAAGGCUGGACCCCCUGGCUGAGAUGGGGAAAUAUUUAUACAAGAAGAAGUGCUCUCAUAAAAAGGAAGAAAAGAAAGAAAAAGGAAAAUCAAAGGACAAAGAAAGCAAAAGGAACCUAGCACUUAGGCCUCCAUGUUCUUCCACAUCAUGCUCUCUAGAACAGCUCCGCCAGGAGAGGUUGCAGCGUGAGCAGGCAGAACGAGCUCGAACGAAAUCUCUUCUUGCCCAGAGAUCUGGAAUGGGUCCACUCCAGGAGGAAGAAGAGGAAAUGGAUGAAAGGAAACGUGGCUACAAUUCACAGUUCAACCCUCAGCUGGCAAGAAAGAGAGUAGUGAGAGACAGUCGAAUUGAGUGGGUGUAAAGCAGGAAAUCUGGUUAGUCAAACCCAAUUUCUUCAGCUGAAAAUGUUCAGUGCAAAAUGCUUCAUAGAAUUCCUGGCCAAAAAUGUCAUAUAGCUUCUAGGACAGCUUUUACUCAAUUAUUAUCAGUCCUUGGAACACAAUAUUGAGCAGAAAAAUCAGCCAAGCAAUUAAUAAAUCUAUUUUUGCUGUUUGCCUUGAAUUGCCAGAAAAUAGAUAAAAGCUGGAUUGAUAAAGGAUACCAUUUCCUGACCUAGUAACUUGCCUAAAUCUUUAUAGCUUUCCUGAAGGAAAAUAAAAAAGUUUUUAAAAGGCACCACGUGGAUGAUUCUGAAUUUAAUUUUAAAAGUCAGAAAUAGCAGCAGCAGCAGCAAAUCCACCUCACGCAGUAUGGAGAAUUGAGGCAGUGCCAUGUACAUCUGUCUCAAAAUAUUAGUUUACUGCCCUAAGAGAUGGACCAAGGUAUUAAUUAAAAGCACCAAACCUGGGAUACAUUGAGUUCUUCAAGAAUGAAUGGUGGAAGAUCCUGGAGGGAUCAUUCUUCCGUUUUUUGUACGUGGUCCAGUUAGUUAAGAAAAUUAGUAUUGCCAGUUUCCUGCUGUUGUAAUUCAGUGCUCGUCUUUGUAUGUGAUCUUCUGCCAUUAGGGAAAUGAGCACGAGAAUGAUUUUGGACCACUAAGAAGAUUUAUCCCUAUAAUAAGAGCAUUUUAUAAUGUUAUAUUCUCUAGAUGUGAAAGACUGGAGUACUUCACAGUAAUGCAGGCUAAGUGAUGUAAGAAAGGUUAUGAUGUGCUAAUUAGCCAAAUUACAUAAAAACAGGAUUGUGCAGAUUGUCCAUGACUUGAAAUUUCAAGGCCACAUAUUACAAGGAUACUUCCUGAACAAUAGUCACACAGUUUUGAUUGGCUUAUUCCACUGUGAGAAACUGGUUUGCAACUCAUGACUUAAAAGUUUAGCACACUUUGUGUACUGGAAACAGUCAUGAUUUACUGUCUGUGAUCAGAUUACUGCAGUAUUCCCCUAGAAUUGAUUGUGAAAUAAGUAGCCACAAUUUGCUUCAUGUUGUAUCUGGCUGCUUCUUCAUUAUCCAAAUAAACAUUUCCCUUUUAAUAUA